AUGAUUUCAGGAUGUCUGUUAGUGUUACUGCUUUGUCAGACAGUUACUGCUUUCUUUGGAAGCGGGGCUUUUGAUAUGUUCCAGUUGAUGUCUGGACCUGUUCAGAAACCUGCAUGCAUUUGGGAUAUGGAUCACCGAGUACCAGAAGCCACUCCUCUCGGGAAAGAAGGUAUCUGUUUGGAUAACUUACCAACAUAUGACCAAAUCCGAAUAGACAUAGCUUUAGAGAGAGAUUCUUUUGCUAGAAGUUUUUUAAGAACAGUGAAACGAUUAUAUCAACCCAUGAAUCAAACUUAUUUCAGCCAGGUGACUUAUGGAGGUCAAACGUUUGACUACGAAGAUAUGUGCCCAGUUAACCCCAGUCUGGUUCACCGUGUUAAUGUACCAGAUCCCAGGACCGGAGCUAUUGACAUUUGUAAUGUUGUCAACCCCUAUGAACAAAAUAUUUACAGAGCAGAAUGCGGAAUGAACUGUCAAAUGAAUGGACAAUCAGCUGUAAACCAUUUCUGUGUUCCUGAUGGUUAUAUUGAAAGAUAUGCGCUGGUUUUCUGUCCCUCUUCCAUGGUUCAAUGCAGACCCGCUAGAAUAAAGAUUCCAGUUGGUUGUAGCUGUAAAAAAUACACUUGUCUGAAAUAUCUCAAAUAA